AUGUCGUGGCAAAUGGCCAAAGAAAACAAGACAUGUCUGUUGUUCUAUCAAUUCCCUCCCCAUGCCUGGCAUCCAGGAUUUAUUUCUGGUCAGAAGAGCACGUGGACAACUCAUGACUCAAUGCUGACGCUCAACAGGUGUGGAAACUAUCCCCAAUUGGCAACAAAAGUAUUGCUGCAGUCGGCAAGCGAGUUAGUGCAAAAGAGGUCACGCUUCCUAAGAUCCCUCCCAAAUCGUUUCCACGAGAGAGAUGACAAGUGCCUUGGUAAUUUUUUUUUUGUCGCUUACAAUGUAGGAUUUUGAUUUCACCGUUUACUGUGCAUUUUAGUUAUUUAGCAUUGAACCAUGCCAGGAGCCCACAUGCAAAAGCAAGAUAGCCUAAGGCUAUUUUGGUUAUCUUGCUUUUGCUUGAUCCUCGCCCACCCCUCGACCACUCGCUCGGCCGAAUUCACUAGUGAGAGUCACUAGGGGUAGACCCUAACGAAACCAUUUCAACAGCAAAAUAUGAAAAUAGCUGUCUUGGGCGAAGAUAUUGAAUUGAUACUUGUAGUAUUGACGACGGAUUAAUGAAGCCUUUUAACUGCCUAGAUCAGAAAAAAUCCAGCUGGUCACUUACAUUCUGAACAGGAGGACGUGUGAAAAUAAAGGGUCGAUGAUAUCUGCAUUCUUUCAUUGAGGAGUUGGACGACGACGGAAUUAAUUGCUUUAUAAGGUGAAGGGCUUUGCAAAAUAGAAUUAGAAAUGAAGGCGUAGCAGAUGUUUCCAGGGCAAAGUUUGCUGGACGUUUCGGGGGAUUACUUGCUAGGGCCAAAACCAUUCCAAUGACUGAUUCGAAAAGUCCAUAAUGGCGUUUUGCAAUACAGAGAGCAAGAACAAACCCCCCACAUGAUCAAAAAAGCAACCUUAUUUAUAUAUUUUCAUGUCCUAUUCUACACAGUGGAGAUUGUUGGUAAUUACUAUAGUAACCUAUUCAAGCACAGCGAGGAGCCAGCCUCCUUCCUGUUGCGUAACCUUUCCUCUACUCUGCAAACUAUUUCCGCGUGGGACGCCUCUAUGAUAAUCGACAGCAACAGCAAGUCGGUCCAGACCCUCUUGGUGUGGUUACAAGAUGUCUUGAUAAACGGGUUAAGUUUCUGGCGAAGUAGCCUCUACAGCUCCGUGACGGAAGAUGGCGACAGUUUGAAUCUUUAG